AUGGAAGUGUGCUGCGAAUUCUUGGUAAAGGAAUUGGGUCCAUCGAAUUGCUUGGGAAUUCGAAAGUUGGCCGAUGUUUAUGUAUGUCCAGAGCUUCUUCGCUGCGCUGACAAGUAUAUCUUGCACAACUUUCAGGACGUUGUCUGUACUGAGGAGUUUUAUCAACUCCCUGUCGACCGUUUAAUCGAAUUAAUUUCAAACGAGGAGCUCCAUGGAUCAGAAGAGCAGGUUUUCGCAGCAGUGCUCCAGUGGAUUAAGUUCGACAUGGCAACUCGGCAACAGUUUCUCGCAAAGGUAGCUGUUCUGUCUUUCUUGCGUGUACUGGCUCGUGAAUACAAUGUCUUGCAGUUGUUGGAGCAUGUUCGGUUUUCGCUCUGUAACCCAAAAUUUCUUGUCGACACAAUAAGCAAGGAUGAGUUAGUGAUGACUGAUUCUGCUUGUCGACAUUUUGUCGAUGAAGCAAAGGACUACUUACUUCUACAGUCAUUCGCACAUGAGCAGUCGAAUGAGCAAAGACCACGUAUGCGACCGCGGAAGCGUCCUUUGUGUAACAAAGUAUUAUAUGCUGGUUUGCGAUCUGUGGUACGAAGGGAAGAUAUGAAGGGUCACGUGCAAAACGCUGAGAAGGGCAUUUGA